GACUGAACUAGCACAGACUGUGCUGUUGUCUCAUACACAUAAAGUUAACUAGGAGAGGAGCUGAGAAGACACUCAAUACAGAACGUUGCGUUCGCUUCUUCUUCAUUCCUCUCAACAUCACAGUACACAGAUCUCUUUCUCUAAUUGUCUACUGGGCAUGAUCAACAAUAAUAGUGGACACCAAGAGUUAGACAAGACUGGUAGUCAUAAGACACUGCAGCCUGACGGUAGUACUCUGCCGGGUUGCAGAAUCACUACCACUACGCCACUGUUGAAGGAUGCGGUGGUGGUGCUGGAUGCUAGCAGUGAUGCUGGUGUUGGUGAGCGUGAAAGAGAUGGACUCCGCCAACAUUCUCUUCCUAGCACCUUUUGGCACCAUAAGCCACAAGAACUUCUUCAUGAGCAUCGCCGAGGCCUUGGCAGAAAGGAAUCAUACGGUGACGUUCGUAGCCGGGCAUCAGGCAUCAAAUUCAAGAAGAAGAAUCAAGGAAGUAUUUGUUGCGGAUACAAACAUUUUUUCAGAAUUUUCUAGCACCUUUGUAAGGAAUCAGUUCAGCUCAUUCAUGAAGAUGUUUUCCAUGUCACCUGAAUAUUGUGGCAAAAUUCUUCGUUCCCAAGAAUUACAAGAAGUUCAAGAGGAGAAGUUUGACUUAGUGAUGUUGGGCAUUGUCUUGUCUGAAUGUUUUUAUUCCUUAAUCAACAAGUUACAGGUUCCCUAUAUUCACAUGACUCCAAACACGCUGCAUGAAUCCAUGAGUGACUUAGCAGGCAACCCACAGUUCCCUUCCAUGGUGGGCAAUUACCUAUUGGACCUAGGAUACCCUCUUACCUUCACUGACAGGAUUAAGAAUAUAUUCAGUCAAAUGGUGUACUCUGUCAUCAAUAUGCAUUACGCAAUUCCCAGAUUUGGGAAUUGAUGAAGGACAAGCAUUUUGAGGAAGCAUUAACAGGUGUCGAGGUGAAUGUCUGGUUUUCAUUCCAGCAGAUUGUCCACAACUUUCUGGGAAACAAGCGCUCCCCGGAAUGUGAAAAAAAUUAUCCAAGACCAGAUUUCAAGUUUCCAGCAACUUGUGAAGAUGCACAUUUUGUACUCACAUCUUAACCAUUUUCCCAACAAUUGUGGGGACUACAGUGAGGAACAAGGAGAACAGUGCCAACAAGAUAUUUGCACCAUGGAAACUCGUUACCAGGGCAAAUGGAAUGUCGGCCUGAUGGCAGAUUACUGCUGGUCGUUCAAACAUAAUGGUCUCAAUGCACAGCACAAGUUAAAAUCAAAGCGGUCGUCCUUCCUUUGAUUCAAUAUGUUGGCUAACCAUUAGGAGUAUAUUAAUUUUAAUAAAAUCGUCUGAUUUGAUUCAUGUUGAUGUGGAAUUCAUAUGUUCUUAAAACUAACAGAAAUAGCUUUUCCAUGAUUACUUGCCUAAUUUUAAUAAAGUAACAAUUUAUUAAAAAUUCACAUUUUUUAUUAUCAUUAAUUUGUAUUUCAUUCAAAAUUCUUAUGUGAUAGAGCAAAAUAGAUUAAAUAUUUACAGUCAGCAGCCCAUGAAUAUGUAAGAUCGCAACCAUGAAUAAAAAUAAAUAUUAAAAACAUUCCAAAUGCAGACCAGUGUAAUAGAA